GGACAGCGCAGAAAAAACGGUGCAGAAAGCCAUCUUGGUGAUAGUACACCCCUCGCAGCUCAGACCUGCAUGGAAGCCGGGACUCACCCCGCCAGCGGAGAUAUACACCACUCCAUCCUCAACGAAGUUUAACAAGUCCAUCAGCAUACACCUCACGACAGCAAGCAAACUCAGCAGGGGGGCUGCAUCAACAGCAGCAAUGGAUUCAGAGAUAUGGCACAAUGACACCCCUCAAAGCCUGGAGCUGAAGCUACAGAGAAUUGUGGCACUUCCGAAUCACUACCCGCAG